AUGGCUCCACGAAUGCUUUCCGAAGGUGCCCUCGGGGGCAUCGCCCAAAUCACCCCCUCGCUGUACCUGAGCCGGGGCAGCGUCGCCUCCAACCGGCACCUGCUCCUCUCCCGGGGAAUCACCUGCAUCAUCAACGCGACCAUUGAGAUUCCCAAUUUUAACUGGCCCCAGUUUGAAUACGUGAAAGUGCCUUUGGCUGACAUGCCCAACGCUCCCAUCUCCCUGUACUUCGACAGCGUCGCCGACAAGAUAAACAGCGUGGCGCGGAAGCACGGGGCCACCUUAGUCCAUUGUGCUGCCGGCGUGAGCAGGUCGGCCACGCUGUGCAUCGCCUACCUGAUGAAGUACCACAAGGUGUCCCUCUUUGAGGCAUACAACUGGGUCAAAUCGCGACGCCCCGUUAUACGCCCCAACGUGGGCUUCUGGAGGCAACUGAUAGACUACGAGAGGAAGCUCUUUGGGAAGACAACGGUUAAAAUGGUACAGACACCGUAUGGCAUCAUCCCAGACGUUUAUGAGAGAGAGAGGAGACCCCUGAUGCCUUACUGGGGAAUUUAAUGUGACUGCAGAUGGGAAGCACAACAGAAGGGACACGCUGUUCUGAGUCGACCAGUCUGGAGACAUUCCCUUCUCCUUCUACAGCCAACUUUGGUUCUUUACCAUACAGCAGAACCUCAACUAAUUCUCACCUCACUAACCUGCAAGGCCAACGGUUCCCUUCAAAGUAUUUCUCUCUACAGGGAUUCCCCCACGUGCAUCUCUCUGAUUUAGCAGAAUGAGGUCUCCUUAUGAGUUCGUUCCUGUCAUAAAGCCUUCCUCCUUCUUUUUCCAGCCAGUUUAUUAGUAUCCUACGAGGAAAGGCCUAAGAGGCAGUUGGCAGAGUUAAUGAAUAAAGUAUGCUUUGUGAUGCCGUAG